CGUCUCUGUUUCCUCAGAGUGUGAAGAGUACAAGGACAUCAUUGAAUCCGUGCUGGGGGAGAAGCUGCAGUUCCGGGUGGUGAAGUUGGCUGAGCAGCUGGCAGAGAAGCUGGCAGAGAAGCCAGCGCUAGCUGAUGAGAGGUUCAGGGAAUACGAUACCCUAAUUCGCUCUCAGGCACGAGAGCUGACCCAGUUACGGCAGAAAUUACGGGACGGGAGAGAAGACUCUGUCCUGCUCAUUCAACAACUCAGGGACGUCCUCACCCACAAUGACCUUGACAACAACCCGGGCCAGGGCUUCCGAGAGCAGCUGACCAAGGGACGCAGGCUGGCAGAGCGCCUUGCCCGCAAGCUCAGCCCAGAAAUUCAUGAAGAUGAGGAAGAUGAACUAGAAGAAGAAACACUCACCCCCAGCACUGAGCAAGAGGAGUUGGAGGAGGAGUUGCUCCAAGAGUGCCAGGAUGAAUGUGUUUUGAAUCCCUCAGUUCUCCAAGAAGGAUCUGACUGCAACCGGCUAGACGGUGAAGGCAACUUGCCAAUUGAUGAAGAGAAAGUCGGCCGUGCUCUGCAUGUAGCUGGUGCUUGCUCCCAUGUUACAGAAGAUCAAAUUCCAGCUGACCUCCCAGAAAAUCAGAAUGAGUGUGACGAAGCAACUGGACAAGAGCCAGUGUCCGCCAGCAUGGAGCUCGAGGCGUUUGAGAAGGAGGAUGUGCUCCAAGAGUCCCAGGAUGAAUGUGUUUUGAAUCCCUCAGUUCUCCAAGAAGGACCUGACUGCAACCAGCUAGACAGUGAAGGCAACUUGCCAUUUGAUGAAGAGAAAGUCAGCCAUGCUACGGAUGUAGCUGGUGCUUACUCCCAUGUUGCAGAAGAUCAAAUUCCUACUGACCUCCCAGCUUCCAUUCACCAGGAAGGUUCUGACUGCUAUGAGAAGUACAGUGAUGGAAAAUUUGCAUUUCCUGAAGAGAAAGUGAUAUGUGCUCUGGAGGUAGCCUGUGGUUCCUCGCAUGUUAAAGCAGAUGAAAUUGGAGCUGACUUCCCAGAAAACCAAAAUGAUCAAGAUGGGUUGAAAGGAGCAGAGCCAGUUAUCUGCAGGCUCAGCACAGAGCUGCCGCAGAUGGUAGAGGAUGACAUCCCACGGCACUCAGUGGAGGAGUACUAUUUGACUUACUUAGCUCUUCCUGACCUGUCAGACUCCUUCUGGCCUUAUAGGAGCGCCGCCAUCUACUCAUUUGAGGGAUUGGAACUCUCUUAUGCUCGGGAUGUAACCAGUGAGUACUCUCUUAUCGAUGUGAUAAACCUCCAACUGCACUGCCAGGUAGAGCUGGUGUCUUUUGCGCUUCACACCUCUGGCGGUGCCGAGCUAUGGCGUCCCUGUGGGCAGACCCUAUACAUUUAUAUUGAGAAGGACCCUGUGUUCGCUCAUCCGUUUUGUUUAAUCCUCAGUGCACCUGAUCCCAGAAGGCUCAGUAGUGAGCAGCCGGUGGUAGAAGAGAAUGAAGGCCCACGGGACUCACUGGAUGAAUGUUAUUUGACCAGUUCGGUUGGCCAUGACCUGUCGGACUCCUGUAGUCCUGACAGAGGUGCCUCAUUCCCAUGGGACCAACAGGGAGUCUUCUCAGCGCUUGCUGUAGAUGCUGACUCCUGGGAGGACCGUCCCCAAGGGCCUUUGAGUUUCCAAGGGUCAGAGAUGCAAGCUUCAGAAGCACACCUGCAGACAAGCUCCCAGGUGACCCAUCAGCUGCAGCUGCAGCAGGACCAGCAGUUUGACUGUGGUGACGGCAUCGUCAGGCUCGGCCUUCCCUCCACCGUGUGGGGCUGCACAGCCAACACUGAGUUUGGAGACCAAGGGCUGCCCCUGCAAGGUAAGAAAGAAACGGGGAGUAGGAAGCUCUAGUCCAUGAGCUGGUUGUGCCAGAGCUGGGGGUUGAGGAGACAGUGGGGCCUCUGCCAUGCUCCUUUCAGGUCCACUCGAAAUCCGCAACGCUCUAACAGAGGGAAGUGAGCAAGAGCCGC